UGCCGAUCGAAGAAUCAUUACACGUAGGACGGUGGUACUCUGUAAAAGCAUCGCAGUGUAAAGAAUGACCCGUUGGACACGUUGCGAGCCAUUUUGUACUCUCUGUUAAAGAACUGGACGUUACGUGCUUGAAUGAAAGUAUAUUUUUUUUUUUUCGAAGGAAUUUUAUUUAAGAGGGGAUGUCCUUUUCCAGAGAAGCGACUGAUUAUCCAUUAUUAGACGGCUAGAUUUCUAAAUACGGGAGGUACCUCAUCGAUGUAAGCGCCGCGACCUCUCCGCGUCUUGUAACACUAUCGCGGAAAAAUAUACGAAUGUCUACGAGACGUACGAGACCGCAAGAAUUGUAAUAUAAUAUAUAAUCAAUGACACCAAUACUGUCUCGAGGGAAAAAAACUGUUCACAAGCUGCCUUGCGAAAGAACUUUCUUGUUCCAAUUUGAGAAUUGAUUGGCGUGCGUGAAAAACGAAGGAAGGAAAGAAGCAUGUGGAGCAUGUCGAACGUUUCGUAAUUGUUGCUGGUCGUCGAGAAAAACUGUGAACCAGAACAGUUUACCUAUCAGUUAUUAAUAAAAUGGAGUAAGACGCAGAAUAAUUCGAAUUCAAGCUCUGUCCCAGAUUUAAUUUAUAAAUAUUAUAGAUAUAAAUGUUUCAUUGGCUAUAUACAGUUCAAAUGUAUUAUACGUAAAUAUAUAUUUUAAUUCUACCUUAAAUAAUAUUCUACUCCAUAUAUCGAAUUCUAUUCGAAUAUAUGCUUUUAAGUCGAUUAGAAUUAUUGGUAUUACACAUAUACAUAUUACAAUCAUUUUUUGACAUUUCGUUCGUUGCAAUCGACGUUACUUCCGACGUUCGGCGAUUGUGUUGUGAUAAAAGUUAACCUCGUUUUAUGUUCCCGUGAAGAAGAGAUAAAUAUAUAUAAAAUGGGUAAGAAAGGAAAGACUGUGGGUGGAAAUUUAGGAAAAGCAUUAAUCAGGGAUCGUUUUGGUUCCGUGAAACAUAAGAAACAUGAUGAUAUGACUAUGAUCCAUAGUGUUGCGUUGAACGAUGGCUACGAUUGGGGACGUCUUAAUCUUCAGUCUGUUACGGAAGAAAGUUCUUUUCAAGAAUUCCUUUCAACCGCAGAGUUAGCGGGAACAGAGUUUCAAGCGGAAAAAUUGAACAUCAAAUUUGUUAAUCCGAAAAGUGGAAUUGGAUUACUUUCGAAAGAUGAAAGAGAAAAGGUAUUGGAAACACAGAAGAAGAAUAAAGCUCUGCUUAAAGUGCCAAGAAGGCCAAAAUGGGAUACAACCACUACAGCUCAGGAAUUACAAGCUAAAGAAAAAGAACACUUCUUAGAAUGGAGACGUACUUUAUCUCUGCUCCAAGAAGCAGAGGGAUUAAUGUUAACACCGUAUGAGAAGAAUCUGGAGUUUUGGAGGCAGUUGUGGAGGGUAGUGGAACGCAGCGAUGUUGUUGUACAGAUUGUCGAUGCAAGGAACCCUUUGCUUUUUAGAUGUGAAGACUUAGAAAGCUAUGUCAAAGAGGUAGAUCCUAAGAAAAUGAACAUAAUAUUGGUCAAUAAGGCAGACUUUCUAACUGAGGAACAACGAAAAGAAUGGGCAAAGUACUUUUCAGAUAUUAAUGUGAGAAUAGCAUUCUUUUCUGCCACAUUAGCAGCUGAAAAACAGAAGGUUCAUGAAGUAAUAGUAGAAGAAAAUAGUGAAUUAGAAAGUGAGGCUGGAGAUAAAGAUGAUGAUGAUAAUGAAUCAUUAUAUAAUUCAGAAUUUGCUUCAGAAAGUGAAUAUGAAAGUGCAGAUGAUGGUAGUAGCCUCAACAAUACAGAUUGUGUAAGCAAAGAUUCUGAAGGAGAAGAAGAAAAACAUGUAGUAAUAGAGGAUACUGAAUUAUAUUUGGAUACCCUAAAACUGCCAGAAGAAGAAACAAAUGAAGAAGUUACUAAUGAAAAUGAUACAAAGAUAGAAAAUUCACCUGAGCUAUUGAGUAGGGAUCAAUUGGUAUUAUUUUUCAAAACAAUUUAUAAAGGAAAGACAUACACUGAAGGUAUCACGACAAUUGGUUUAGUAGGAUAUCCAAAUGUAGGUAAAAGUUCCACGAUUAAUGCUCUGUUGAUGGACAAAAAGGUAUCUGUGUCUGCAACACCAGGCAAGACAAAACACUUUCAAACACUCUUUUUGGAUAAGGAUCUACUUCUUUGCGAUUGUCCUGGUUUAGUAAUGCCUAGUUUCGUUUGCACUAAAGCUGAAAUGAUUUUAAAUGGUAUAUUACCAAUUGAUCAAAUGAGAGAUCAUGUUCCACCAAUUACAUUACUGGGUACUUUAAUACCAAGGCAUAUUAUAGAAGAUCUUUAUGGUGUCAUGUUACCUCCACCCAUGGAAGGAGAAGAAGUUGACCGUGCUCCAACUGCAGAAGAAAUUUUAAAUGCCUAUGGAUAUAACAGAGGUUUUAUGACACAAAACGGACAACCAGACAAUCCACGAUCAGCACGUUAUAUUUUGAAAGAUUUUGUAAACGGUAAACUCUUAUACUGUGUCGCGCCGCCGACAUUAGAGCAAGACAAAUUUCACACAUUCCCUCCGCGAAAAAGAACUAUUUCUGUAAAUAAACAUGUACCAUCUAGGACAAUACGCGUUAAUAAAGGAAGUAAAACUAGCUCUGAAGAUGUAGAUAAAAUAUUCUUUCGAAACAACACUUCAAAUGUACAUACGAGAGGAGUAAUUGGAAAGAUGCAUGGUAUAUGUCAUGGUAGUUCUAGCGAUACAGUAUCAGUACUCGGAUCUACCCAAAGUUUAGCAAUUGAAGAGAAACCAUGGAAAAAAAUAAAUAAACAUACAAACAAAAAGAAACGUGAGAAAACAAGAAGAUUAUACGCCCAUCUUGAUCAACACUGAUUGCUGGAUAUAUUAGUUCUGUAUCGUUUUUUGAACAGCUCGAGUUGAAGGUCUUUUCGCUAUAUAACAGCGGAUCGUAUUUUGUAACAUACAAAUCUCUGAAUUUACACGAAAUGUCGGAGAUUCAUAUUGAUUCUAAAUAUCACAAGUACAUUCUAACAAUAAAAUACAUACACAUAUAAGAAUA